GGAGAGGAGGGAUGAAUUGAAUGAAUGUGAAAUUCAGUGUAGAAACUGGCAACUAGGUGGUGGCGGCGAGAGGUUGAGGUUGAGGGAGAAGCGACAGUGUAUGCUGGCCAUGUGUGGUGAGAGGUGUUAGUGCGUCUGCGGGUGUAGGGCAGUGUCCUCCUUGUGUUACUUUAUUUGUUAUUUAUACAGUGAAGUGGUGCUUGUGUCGUACUGGUAAUCGAGUUGGCUUGAACAAAAUAAUCGAACGCUGUGGAUAUUCCCUGCUUAACAUUGCGUCCUUCGCUAUGGCUACGAGUCGUCGCUGGUGUCCGUGAUGGUGGGCGUGCCUGGGGGCGUGGCUGGUGGAGGCGUGGGCGCGGGAGUGCCCGGUGGGGUAGUUGGAGUGGGCGUGGCCGGUGUGGGCGUGGCCGGAGUGGGCGUGGCCGGUGAUGUUAUCGGUGGAGGCGAGGGAGAGGACCUGCGUCGCGCGGCGGCCCACGGCAACACCAAGAAGCUGCUGCAGCUGCUCGAGGAGGGCGCACCUGUCAACCUUAGUGAUGAGUGUGGGUAUACUGCACUGCAGCGGGCGUCGUGCGAGGGCCACAUCGACAUCGUCCGUCAGCUUAUAAAACACAACGCAAACGUCGACCAUCAGGAUGACCAGCACGGGAACACGGCGCUGCACGAGGCCGCCUGGAAAGGCUACAGCCAGACGGCGGAGGCGCUGGUGAGGGCCAAGGCCAACGUCUACAUCAAGAACAAGGGAGGGUUCGCGCCCCUCCACCUCGCCUGCCAGAAUGGUCACAACCAGACGUGCCGGGUACUGCUCCUGGCAGGGUGCAGGCCAGACAUCAAGAAUAACUACGGGGACACCCCACUACACACCGCUGCCCGCUACGGUCACGCUGGGGUCACCCGCAUCCUCCUCUCCGCCAGGACCCAGGUCGGGGAGAUGAACAAGAACGGGGACACGGCUCUACACAUCGCAGCAGCCAUGGGCAGGAGGAAGCUGACCAAGAUCCUGCUGGAGUCUGGUGCUGACCAAACCGUCAAGAACAAGCAAAACGAGGCACCUGGAGACAUCGCCAGACGCAAGGAGUUCGACCAGAUCCUGGAGAUCCUCAGGAACCCCCCACCAGUAGUGUCCCCAGAGGAGCGCCUCCGCCGGGAGCAGGAGCAGAAGAAGAAGGAGGCUAAGGAGGCGAAGAACAAGGGCGCAGCAGCAGUAGGGAAGGGGGCAGGCAAGGGAGACAAGAAGAGAGGAAAGACAAAUGACAGCGGCACCUCAAGUAAAGACAGCAGCACCAGGGCCAAGGAGAAGAAGAAACACAAGUCUGACCACAAGGAAAAGCGUCGAGGGAAGCAGGUGCAGUGGUCGCCGUAUGGGUGUCAGUACUUCCCUCCCACCACACCCCAGGAACUCGCCACUCCUAACAUCGACUCCCUGCCCAAGGACCCGCUCUCCAAGGGCGAGCAAUACUUCAUCGACCUCGCUGGCAACAUCAAGAAGGGCCCCGUGGGCAUAGGCUACACCUGCUACUGCGCGCCCUUUUUCAAGAACGUCGAGGAUAAGCUGGAGAAAGACAAAGUCGCCCUCAUGGACCACAUUGACGCUGCCCACGACAAACUCGAUGCCAAGAUCACCAACCUCGAGCACCGUACCAAGUCUCACAUUCAGCACCUGAGCAACAACGUCAAACAGAAGCUUGCAGAGGAGAAAGAGGAGUGUCGGCAGCGUACAGAACGGACCACUACCAUGCGGGAGUUGCAGGCAGAUGCUCGGGUAACACAGCUACAGCAGUGGAUGGAGCGACGACUGGCAGCCCGAAACACAGUGCAUCCACCCACAGUCAACCCCAGGACCUGCAUCUUCAGGGGCUCCGUCAGGAGAGCCAGGGAUCCACUCACAGGAUUGUUUCCUCUUACCAGAUCACGGUCAGAGGAAGCAGUGUCGGAGUACCGAGAAGACGGAGAGAGUGACCGUGAAUCCGUUUACAAGGGAUUGAGAGUACUCGAUCAUCCGACCUCUAUGUAUAACAUCCCACAAAACAUUCAGGAUGAAGCUGACAUAGUCAUAUAUGAUUCCCCCAAACCUAUUCCCUCCCUGGUGCCAGGAGUCCUCCGCUGUCCCUCGCCAACCGACCAUCCUUCUAGGAGCCUCUCGGCUGAGAGCCGAGGCUUUGCACACAACCCCAGAGGGCCUGCAGGCCGCAGUCACUCACUAGAUGCUCGCAAGGUAUUAUGCGAUUCCCAGAACCCACUAGACAAGCGGAUCUCAACUGAUAGAGCUCAAGAGCAGAGUCCUACGAGAAUACCACCCAAUAGAGAUAUGUUAAAUGACUCUGUGAGCAGCGAUAUGUCAGCUGGUAGGCGAGGAAGCAGAAGUAGCAGAGGAAUAAGUGGAUCUUCUAUUCACGGCUCCCCAAUGGUCACCAGGAUGAGUCGAUACUCCCCUGCUCAACCAUCAUCCCUUCUAUGCCAUACUGAUAUAUCACAACCUGAUGCUCCCCAUGGCAGACCUUCACCCUUGCACCAUACAGACCUCAACCAAGCAGUCGACAAUCUCAGAGUCUCUCAAUCUCAAGCUGAAAAUGGCGCCAUACCAAAGACAUACGGACGUUCUGAGGCGGCAGAUGAUGGGGACAAUGGUGAUGUAAGCCAGGUCCACCAGCCACAAGGAUGGAGUGGCUACAGUCGCUAUGACUACCGUAAUACUAACCCAUAUAUGCAUGGAGACCUACGGGGUCGCAACCCAUUAGUUCAUCCACCUCACAUAGCCAGUGCCCCUGCAGAACCUAAGAUGAGUAAGCCAGGGUAUGAGACUUACUCACAAUAUGCAAAAUACCCUUCUACUCCAGAAGAAGGUCAAACUGCAGAGACAUACCACGCUCAUCUGGCACAAUCACAAGAGGACUCUGAUGCGACAGCAUACUUAGACAUGGACAGGUACAGAAUCCAGCAGGCAGUGAGGCGGCUGUAUGAUGGGUACCUGGCUGAGGGUCACCUGGAGGCUGUAAGAGGUGCAGGGAGAAAUAACCUAGAGGUGUCCACCGAGCACGACUCUCAUAAUGACUCUGGAUAUUCUACCAGACUUUGCACUGGCUCCCAGGGACCAUCGCCAGCUCUCUCUGGUGGACAUGAUGUCCAGUCAGAGGGUGAGUUUAAACAUAUGGCAGCAUCUGCAUCAGAGCCCAGUAGACACCACUCGUAUGGUGAGUCUCAAAAGCAGGACACCAGCAGACACCCACGCAGGGAGCCAACCUACCCAGGAGCUCCUGCAAUACGUUACACCAAUGGUCUUCCAUCAGCAGGCACCCAGCUCUCCACCACCACCACCACCACCAGGUUCUCCACACCACACUUGGGUAGCGACACCGUCAUCAUCGGAGAGUCCUCACUUGUUUGA